AGAGUAGCAUCCUUUACUCGGGCGGGCACGGAGGAGAUGUGCACCUGUCGAGUGGACCGUCUGCUGCUAAACAGGGACGAAGCUAUUGAGGGCAAGUGGGGGAGACUUCUACAACGCCAGACAGGCUGCACGUGGUAAGUAACCUGAAAAAAACUGUACGGUAUUAAUACAUUUCGUACGACAGGAAAUGUACUUGUGUUUACAAACAGCCUCGUGAAAAAUAAACGCCUUUGACAGGUUUUUACCAACUCAUUUAGAGAUGCUUUUAUGAGCGCGCAUGGCUCCAGGCACACGUGCGACCUAAAAUGAAAACAUCUAUAUUUCAUUCCUGCAGGGACACAGAGUGAGAGAGACUUAAUAAAGACUCAGAAAUGACCUUGUCUCAAUAGGAAGCGUUUUAUAUCUCUGAUAGGCAAUCCUCAAAGCUUUUAUUUAUGCAUUGCUGGUAUUAAGGCUAUGUGAAGUGACCUUGUAUAUUUCUAUACAUCAAGUUAAAUAUGCUGCAUCUUGAAUACAAGUUACCCCUGAUAACCACAUCAAGUGCAGAAAAAGGUAUUACAAUCCCCAUGCAAACAAAUAUUCCUCUUUUUAUUGAAUACAAUGGGGAAAUGUGUAGUUGAAUUCUAUUAGACAUUUGUUCCUAUGCAGCCUGUUGAAAGGGAAAGUCAUCAAGUAUUUAUCAAGGGAUUUACUUCCAUCUUAACCUUGAUACUCUGUGUACAUCUGUGAAUCAAUCUGUGUUCAUCAGCGUAUCAGCCUGCUUUUGUUUUUUUAUUUUAUGAAGCAAAAAGGAUAAGGUAAUUAACAGAUAAUUACCUAGUAACAACAUGAAAUUAUUUGGUAAUUACAUGAUAACUACUAAGUCAAUACUGUCUAGUUUCUCUUUGUUUCUUUUUUCUGUGCACCUCCAUUUUCAAAAGCUAUUUGCGGUUCUUAUUUUCUAUGAUUGACACUUGAUACAGCCUAUGGGCGUGCGAAGAUCAUGUGUGUUAUCAAGUGAGUUAUCAUGUAAUUACCAGAUAAUUUCAUGUUGUUACUAGGUAAUUACCUGUUAAUUACAUGGUAAUAAGUGUACCGUAAAUGAAAGGGUUACCGACUUUAUUGAUCGCGCAUGGGGUAAACUAUUUCACCACCAGGACAAGAAGACUCAGACAGACAAUAAACAGCAUGGAGACAUCAGAAAAAAACAUAGACUAACACCAGAUCCACAACAAACACAGUAAAGGCCAAUUAAACAUGAUUUAAAAGUGGUACAAUAAAAGAUAAGGACAUGAUUAAAAACACCAAAAGCCUGAUAAAAAUGAAUAAAUACUAAAAUAAAUACCUCCACAAACUAUGCAGCAGUGCCAAGUCAGACCCUGACUUACACUGUUAAAAAAUCUCACUGCUGCUGGAACAAAAGACCUUCUUAGUCAUUCAGUGGAGCACUGAGGCAUCACAAGUCGCUGACUAAAAGAGCUCUCAAGACCCUAGUGCAAUGUAGUCUUUGUUGCCCAGGAUUAAUUUUAAUUUAGACCUGGUCCUCCUCUCAACAAUAGCCUCAUUUAUGCAGAUAUCAAAACUAUAUGCACUCUAAAACAAACAGACACCAGUUAACUGAUUCCCUGCUUUUAUUUAAAGUACAAUGUAGUAUUAAAGGAGCUAGACCCACUUUUUAAUAUUUUUAAAUAAUAGGUUUGAAUAGUAUAUGUGUGAGAUUUUGUUCAGAAAUUUGCUGUCUGUGUUUACAGGUAAUGGGUACACUUCGGGAUCUCCAAUUUGCCCUGCAACUCAAGAUUGAGGAGCUCCGCCAGCGGGACACGCUUAUAGAUGAGUUAGAGCUGGAGUUGGAUACAAAAGAUGAGCUCAUCCGGAGACUGCAAGAAGAACUCGAUCGCUACAGAGCCACGGUCACCCUACCAGGACCUUCUGAAGCUGGAGCAAGUACAUAUUGUACGGCUUUUGUAUGUGAUAUUUCAAAGCAUCAACAGGUAGCCUAACAGGAACCUUCGACUUGACUGUGUUUUUUUCCUAGCUUGCCAAGCUGUAACAGAGGACAAGCAUGCAGCCAAAGGAAAAACUAUAAUAUCUGUACCCUUUACCGUGGACCUACAGAGUCUGGCUGUGGAUUCUCACAGAAGCUGUGACAAAAGCCCAGAGUAAGAGCACACUGUGUCCCCAGAAUCUCAGAAUCAAUAAAUAUAUCUGCUCCUUUAAAACACAGUCGAAACAAUAUCACAUUGAAUGUGUUUGGUAACUUGAGCUUCAGUGUUAUAUCAGUGUCCUUCCUUCAUGUCCUCAGGUCCCACAGGCUGAUCCAAGCGGCAUUUUUGAAAAACGACUUGUUGAAGAACCUUGAUGAAGGAGAAAUCAGAGCCAUAACAGCCUGUAUGGAUUUAACCACUAUUAGUCAAGGCUGCUACGUCAUUCAGGAGGGGACCAACGGAGCCCAGGCAUAUGUUUUAGAAGGUAAAUCGUGUUCAAGGAGCGAGGGCUAAGUUUUCUUAAUUAGUAGGUGAAAUGAUUAGAUCUUUUAUAUAUCUUUAUUUACCUCGUACUUGAGCACUGUCAAUAGAACUGCAUGUUUAACAAGAAAAAAGAUGUCCUUUAGGAGAGAAAGUGAUGUUCUGUGUUCAAAUGUCAACCUGACUGAAAACACAGGAGAGACGAGGUUCUGAUUCAGCCUGGCUGCAGUUUACUAGUGCUUCAGUGUCCUCAGGAAUCUUGGCUGCAUUUGUAAUGUGACAGUUAAUGUAGGGUGUCUGUAACCUAUUUUCUCUUGUCGUCCUUUGCGGGCUAGUGUGGCUCAGGGAUGAUUGCAUAUCUGUUGUUAGUGCAGUGUGUCUUAGAUAGAGGACACAGAUUCCUAACACACAAGCUCAUGCACAUAAUAGAUCUUUGUAUCAUUCGUGUGUAUUUCUUCUCUGACUGUGUUUUCCUUCACAGAAGGGAAGCUGGAUGUGACAAAAGACGGAUUGAAGCUUUUCACAAUUGAGCCAGGAGAUGUUUUUGGAGAGCUGGCUCUUCUCUACAGCUGCACCCACACCUUCUCCGUCUCAGGUAUCAAAGCAUUGUUUUGCUUUCUUGGUGUUAUAUCAGACAUCACUUGAGAUCUUUCACAGCCAAACACUCGUGCAGUUUCACUGUAAUUAGGCUUGGUUUUGAUGAGGAUAUAAAUAAUUCCCGUUUAAGAACAAAUCACGAGCAGGCAGAUUUCUGGCGGUGGACAGUAGAUGUCUGUUGAAUUUAAAAUCAAAGACCUUUUGAAAUCUCAGACAACAUCCCAGCUUCAAACAGCUUUCUCAAAGAUUAGAGGAAUUUUAAAACGUGUUCUGCUUCUGCAUAACCCAACCUGUCUGACGGACACAUCUCCUCCCUGCAAAACAAAGAGCAUUAACAGUUUUUGUCAGACAUUUUCAGAAAGAGUUAGCAGCUCACUCUUCUCAGAGUUUGACUGUUAUCCAUUAUAUAAACAUAUCUGUUGUAAGAAAUGGUGCUAGAACAGAAAGUGUGCUGUCAUGUCCUCCCAGCAGCUGAUACCAGACUCCUUUGGGAAAACUUUCUCAGCCAUCACCACAAGAAUCUGACCCGUUUUCACGAAUAAAUUGCCUGUGAAAACAGCCAAGGAAAGUUUAAAUUGAAAAAAGAAAUCAGUUUAUCCACCUUGUUUGGUCCAAAAGAAUCUCAUUCUACUUAUAAACAGUUUUCUUUAUCUGGAGACCAGGCAGCCUCCCCACUCGCUGUUUUCUUACUAUCUAAACGGGUAACAAUGCUGAAAGCAGAAACCUGUUGUCCUGUUUUUUUCCAGUGUCCAUUUCUAUCCGUAUUUCCUUUGGAUAUGCUCCAAGUCCAAUGUAUUUAGUCCUCUACCGACCUGAAAUUACCUUCCCCCUCAUUUUUGCCACCUGAGACUGUAAAUAAAGCUGUGGUCUUUUUCAUUUUGAGGGGUGAUAAAAGUCAGAACAGGGCUUAGUCAUCAGACCAUGCAGCUCAGAGAGGCAAAUAAUGCCCAAAAGAAAAUAUUUUACUUAUUAUUAUAAAAAAAAAAAGCCUGCACUGCAUUCAGAUGCAAAUGACUCCUUAAAUUGCCUUUCAUAUUAUGCAGGAGUGGAAACCAAUGGUGUAGAUCUGAAUGGCGAAACUGAGAAAUCAGGGCUCGCACUGUGUUAUCAGAUGGUCAAUCUAAUUAGACUGUCUAAAGAAUGUCUACAUCCUCUUGUAGGAAGCCUCACUGAACCGAUCAAUACAGGUCAUUUUCGAUUUACUACACCCUCUUUCAAACUCUAUCUCACAGAAAAAGGGUAAUACAAUUUGAGGAAGACAGAUUAGAUUUAAAUUAAAAGUUAUUCACUGUAAGAAAUUAAUCACCUUAAUCUGUUGAUAUUCUGCGUGGUGAGCAUUUCUAAUAAUGUGCCUACUGUUUACCCUUCAGGCGAUAGUUGCUCACAUCCUCAAAGCCCUGUCAAUAAACGCUUUCUGAUCCUGUUUCUAUGUCAGCUUUGGUGAUACUUAAAAAGCCUCCAUCAUUUCCUCUGUUUCUGUCUUUGAAUCUGCAGCACACACAGACAGCAAGCUGUGGGUUAUUGACCGCGAGAGCUACCAGACGGUCCUUAUGCAGAGUCGACUUAACAGCCUUUCUCACUCCAUGGAGCUGCUUAGCAGGUGUAUAUGAAAACCAAUACACUUGAUUUGACACACAGCUGAGGGAGGAAGCUGCUUUGUAUCCUAGCGCCUUAUUACACAAUGUCUCCGAGGGGUCAUGCAGUUUUCAGACACUUCAAUGCUUUCAAAAAGUCAGAAAACUUCAAUGCCUUUUCAUAUGAUAGUGAUUAUUUUCAUUCACCUGGAAAAAUCAAACCUAUUCUUCUUUAAGCCCGUCAUUGUGUUUGAUACAUGAUGCGUCUUUGUGUCUGCAGUGUUCCCUUCCUGCGGUCGUUGCCAGAGGAUGUCAUCAUGAAACUGUCUGAUCUUAUAGAGCAGGUACAGAUUAAAUACUUCAAAUCUGCAGCACAGUGUUGUGUAAGCAUCAGUUUCUCUGUUCUUCAAACAGAAUACAGCCGGCAGAUUAUGUGCGCACACAGAUGGAAUAGGUGUAAACAUGAUUGUUUACACGCAUCCCCUUCGGCUUUCUUUGUUUGGCAGCAGUUCUCAAAUUCAAGCUUGGAUGGAAUAAAAAUGAAUCUCCCUGUGCUACCAGCCUAAAUCUUUACAUGAUUUUUUUGCUCUGUCAUUUCUUUUCCGCAGACACACUAUUCUGAUGGUGACUAUAUAAUCCGGCAAGGGGCCACAGGAGACACCUUUUAUAUUAUAAGCAGAGGCCAGGUAAAGAUGAGUGCUUGCUGCCUGCUGCAGAGAUGAAACGCAGAUGCCAGAGGAAGAAAAAAGAUUGAAAUUGUAGUGCACAAAAUGUCACUAGAGCUUUAAGAAGAGCUCUGUGAUAAUUGACUUCUAUAUCUCUCUUUCCUGAAACACCUUUUUCAUUCCCCCUUUGUCACUUUCUGAUCUUUCAGGUGAAAGUGACAGAACAGAAGCCUGGCCAUGAUGAGCAGGUCGUCCUCUCUCAGCUCUGUGAUGGACAGUGGUUCGGAGAAAAAGCUCUGUGGGGGUAAGGAGGUAUAAUGAGCUAAUUGUUCAGGGCAGGAGCUGUCUGAUGAAAGCAGUGCAUGAUGGGGAAAAAGGUUUAAUCUGUUGCAUCAUGAUGUCCUGUUUUCCUAUCUUGUGCUGUGAAUUAAUAAUGUUUUCUUUGUGUUUAGAGAGGAUAUUCGGACUGUGAAUGUGAUGGCCUCUGGUGAAGUGACAUGCCUGGUCAUUGACAGAGAGUACAACAAUUAUUUUUGCUUUGUUUAAAAAAAAGUUUAAACUUGCAAAUUGCUGCCUUUUUUCCUUAGUUAUCUUAGUCAGUUGUUGCGCUUUUGCUGAUAUUUGGAAACCAUGUAUCUCUGCGCUUCAGGACCUUCAAAGAAAUCAUUGAUGGGAUGCUAUUUGAUAGCUGUCAUGAGUUGCAGCAAAGCCAGGAAUCUCAACUCAAGUGAGAGAAAUAAAAAAAAAUAAAAAAAAAACAUUUCUAAAACCUUCAUGAGCCAAUUUUGAUGAUAGAAAACACACUGAGUGACAUCCCCCCUGUUUUUUUUGUGUGAGCAGGUCAGAUAAGGAUCCCGACCUCCUCUCAUUUUCCACUUUAAAUGAUUUCCAGAUAAUCUGCACUUUAGCAGUUGGAGAGUUUGGUCACGUAGACCUGGUAAGACUCGCACUUCUAACAGCUCACUCACAAUGACACAGACCUUCUGUGAUACUACCUCCUACUCUGGAUUCCAUGUUUCUAUAAUGUAAUCUCUUUCAGGUGCGACCGAGGAGCAACCCUCAGAGUCUGUUUACCAUGAGGGUCCUGAAGAAGGAGCUGAUCUUCAACAGUGGACAACGAGAGUACAUCCUAAGAGAGGGGCGCAUCCUGAUGGAAGCUCGUUGUUCAUUCAUAGCCAGGUGUCCAAUCUUAAACAGCUACUUUAAUGGGAUUUCCAAACGUUCAUUUGAUAUGUACUCGGUCAAAUCACGACUGCAGGCGAGAGAGAUCUACUCCAGAUAAUGGAACUUGCUGCACACCUUAACAUGAAAAAUAGGGUCCAGGUUGAUUAAAACAAAAACACAUGAUCCUUCAUUCUAACUGGUUUUUAAAAUCUGCUUUGGAUUACAGGUUAUAUAAAACAUUCAGAGAUGCUGAAUGUCUGUAUGUUUUGGCAGAAGCUUGUCUCGGUGGGGAUCUCGGCAGUCUUCUUAAAGAUAAGUAAGUGUAAUGUAGAUAAUUAAGAUGGCGGCUGCUGUCACCACUAGAUGCCUCAUGACCCAUAUAAGACAACGGCAGUGCAUACCGUAGAUCAGUGAUUUUCAACUGGUGGGUCCUGAACCAAAAGUGGGUCGUGGACAUGUCCUGGAUGGGUCGUGAACAACUGGUCAAAAAAGUAAAUAAUUAAUGCGCAGCUGAUGUUUGACAUGUCUUUUAUUUUAAAAAAGAGUUUAUUUUGAAAUGCAUACAAGUCAAAAUUUUCAUUUUGCUGGUCUCUAUUUUGUGCAAUUUGAUAUUUUCUGUGUAUGCAACUUGUGUAGUUGUCAACCUCAGUUCAUGUACUCUGAAAUGUAUAUAUGUCAAAUACAUAUUUACACCUUUUUUUAUCAAAGCUACUCAAUGAUUUUUUUCAUAAAAAUAAAUUUGCUUGGUUUGAAUUCUAUAAGAGUGGGUCAUGACUUAAGGACCAUGGGAAAAUGUGGCUCCCAGAGUGAGACCAGUUCAGAACCACUGCCAUACAAGUUGAUAUCUAUGGUGCAUACAUCAAGACUGCCACCAUCUUGGGACAGUACUGGCGACCGCUGGCAAGCGUGGUGUUGAAUAUAAAUAAUGUUGUCAGGUAAACCACAGGAUUCCAAAACUUCAACUGACUGCAAAACCAUUCACAAGCACCGCUCUAAGAUGGCAGCAAUCUUGACUCAUUUAGAGCCGGUUCAUGAGGCAUCUAGUAAUUAUGACAUCUAUGGCUGUCACAUCCCAUUUGUUUCUUUUUGGCGGUAACACCUGAAUGAACUUGUCUACACUGUUUCAGAGGAACUCUGGAUGAAAGCAGCGCCAGGUUUUACACAGCUUGUGUAAUUAAGGGUUUGACCUUUCUUCACUGUCGAGGUGUUGUCUACAGAGACGUCAAACCUGAAAAUGUUGCUCUGGAUCAGCAUGGUUACGCCAAACUGGUAAAACUUUGUUAAAAAUCCAAGUGCUUGUUAAAAGAAGCUCAUUACGUUGCCAGAAUUAUGUAGUUAAAUAUUCUGAUACUUGCUUUUAGGCUGGUUCCAGAUGUCUAAAGAAAGUCGAGGCAGGUAAGAAAACCUGGACGUUCUGUGGUACACCAGGAUAUAUGCCUCCUGAAAUCAUCCUAAACAAAGGCCAUAGUGUGUCCGCAGAUUUGUGGUCACUGGGAGUUUUUGUGUUUGAACUUCUGAGCGGUGGGUAAGUUUUAUGCUUUUGUGCUGCUCAGCUUUUCCUUUUUUUUUCCAAGCUCAUAUCUUCAGUGAUGAAUUGAAGAAACACUGACAGGUUCAUGUUGCUUAUGUUUCCCUCUGCAGACUCCCAUUCAGCGGCUCCGACAUGAUGAAGAUCCUUUCUGCGACCAUUCGAGGCAUAGAUCACAUCGACUUUCCCAAAACCAUCAGCAAGAGUGCCUCCAGUCUCAUAAAGAAGCUGUGCAGGUGUUGUAAAUAUGACCCACCGAACACCAUGAAUAAUAAUGUGGGACUGAUGUUUUCUUGCUAUUUUAAAACACUUUUCGUGACAAUGAAACCAUUUCCCAUUCCCUGCAAGACUAUCCUGUAUAAAUCUCCUUCCUGCAGCUCUAACGCACACAAACAGAUAUCGAUAUUUGUGCUGGUGUAUUUGACAAAAUGUGUGCUGUAGCACCUCCUCUUGAUUGACAGGAUCUGAUUAUUAAUUCAUCGUUUGUUUGUUUGUCGGUCCGCAAUUGUUUGCUUUCCAUCACCAAGGAGCAAUCCCUCAGAGAGAGUGGGCAGUCAAAGAAACGGGGCCAAGGACAUUCAGAAGCACAAGUAAGACAAAGGAUUUAUCACACUGGAGAUAAAAAACACACUCAGGCCUGUGCUUGCAAACAGUGUUAAAGGAUGUGUUUUUGUUCAGAUGGUUCGAGGGAUUCAACUGGGAUGGCCUCUGCAAAAGAACGUUAAUCCCUCCGAUAAUACCCAAAGUAAGAAAUGGUAACUUUUUCCUCUCUAAUUCCAAAAGAAAGAUCUGCUUUAGAUGUCAGGGUGAUCGAUUUAUCCUGUGAUUCUGUCCUCUAGAUUCAGCAUCCUUUGGACAGCACUACAUGUGGUCAUUACACAGAGGGCUCAGUAGAUCUGAACUCAGACUGGGAUGAUUUCUGAAGAAUGAGCUGUGAACUAGAGAAAAAAAACUUGUUUAUUAAUACUUUUUCACUUAAAAAUUUAGUCUUUAUAAACAAUUCAUCACCCUCUGUCUUGCUGACAUCAACAAACCAUCAAUUUUCUGCCUAGAAGUAUUUACAGCAGGGUCAGUCAGUGGAGAUAUACUGAUAAAUAAAUGAUCCUUGCUGCUUACUGUGUUGAGCUCAGACUGUUUUUGAUGUACGCCCUUUAAAGGUUUUUUAGCUCUGAAGUUCAGUGAUUCAGCUGAAUAGUAUGUGAUAGGUUUGUAAAAAUAAAAGUAUUCAGUGUUGUUUCUGCCGUUGGAUGUACUUCAAUAAACUGACACUUUCUCUUCUUC